AUGGCGAGGAGGAGGGCGAGAAUAAACCGCGAGGGCAAGGACGAGGGCGCGGACGACGACAAGGGCGUGGGCGAUUGCAAACGCGGGGCAGAGGGCGAUGGUGAGGAUGAGGGAGAAAACAAGGGCGAAAAUGAGGGCGAAGAUGAGUGGGAGGGCGAGGAGGGCGGGUGUGGGGUGGGCGAGUGGGACGGCAAGGGGGAGGGCGAGGAGGGUGGGUGUGGGGUGGGCGAGUGGGACGGCGAGGGGGAGGGCGGAGGCGAGGGGGAGGGCGAAGGCGAGGACGGAGGCGAGGGCGGAGGCGAGGCUGAGGGAGCUCAUCGUGGUGCAGUCAGACAGGCCGAAGGCCACAGGUGUGCAGCCGGCAACACAAAAUCUGGGGGCGCGGUUGGCGUUGAACAUCAGGCUCCGCACUUUCGUGGAUCUGGGAAUCGCGGAUUGGCGGCGACGACGCAGCUUGCUCUGCAGUCUAAGCGUGCGAUCGCAAAACGGCAGUCGGUGGACGAGCUAGUAACAUGGCAUGUAUGCAUGCUCGCGCACGAGGCUGACCGUCUCGAUUCUGCUCUCAAGAAAUCGCAGCAGGACUUGGCUGACACGCAAUACGACCUUUUUGUUCAGCAAAAGAAAAUCCGCAAACUUCUGAUGAAGAUGGAAGAACAGAAUGUCGUGUUGUCAGAAGUUACCGACAAAUGUGCUUGA